UCUGUCAGUGAGUCGCCACCGUCCUCCUCCUGGGGACUACCUGGCCUCCCGGGCGGCGAGGCCGAAGGCGGUGGGCUGGAUGAAUGCGGCGCGGACGCUGCGCGUUCCGGGCCGCCACGGCUACGCCGCGGAGUUCUCCCCGUACCUGGCGGGCCGCCUGGCCUGCGCCGCGGCGCAGCACUACGGCAUAGCGGGUUGUGGAACCCUGCUAAUAUUGGAUCAAAACGAAUCAGGGCUUGGGAUUUUUAGAAGCUUUGACUGGAACGAUGGUUUGUUUGACGUGACCUGGAGUGAGAACAACGAACAUGUCCUUGUCACCUGUAGUGGUGAUGGCUCAUUGCAGCUCUGGGACACAGCCAAAGCCACAGGACCACUACAGGUCUAUAAAGAACACUCUCAGGAGGUGUAUAGUGUUGAUUGGAGCCAAACCAGAGGUGAACAGCUGGUGGUGUCUGGCUCUUGGGAUCGAACUGUUAAAGUGUGGGACCCAACUGUGGGAAAGUCUCUGUGUACCUUUAGAGGCCAUGAAAGUGUCAUUUAUAGCACAAUAUGGUCUCCACACAUCCCUGGUUGUUUUGCUUCGGCCUCAGGUGAUCAGACUCUGAGAAUCUGGGAUAGGAGAGCAGCAGGUGUCAGAAUAGUGGUUCCAGCACACCAGGCAGAGAUUUUGAGCUGUGACUGGUGUAAAUACAAUGAGAACUUGCUGGUGACAGGAGCAGUUGAUUGUAGUUUGAGAGGCUGGGAUUUAAGGAAUGUACGACAACCAGUGUUUGAACUUCUUGGUCAUACCUAUGCCAUUAGGAGGGUGAAAUUUUCACCAUUUCAUGCUUCAGUGCUGGCUUCCUGCUCCUAUGAUUUUACUGUGAGCACUGGGGACUUGGCUAUGCUGAAUAAAUAUUUCCAAAUAUUCUGGAACUUUUCAAAGCCUGACCCUCUUCUUGAUACAGUGGAGCAUCACACAGAGUUUACUUGCGGUUUAGAUUUAAGUCUUCAGAGCCCCACUCAGGUAGCUGACUGUUCUUGGGAUGAAACGAUAAAGAUAUAUGAUCCUGCAUGUCUUGCUGUUCCUGCUUGAAAUGCAUAGUUCUGCUCAGAAACAAGGAUGUUAGUUGAAGAACUACUUACCAGCAAAUAAAUCAACUAUUGAAAACAUAGACAUACAUUUAUGUGCUGUUCAAACUUACCCUGGCAUCAGUUUUGAGGCAGCUAGUAAAUACUUUGGCUCACUCUGUAAACCUAAUACCUCUUAAAAUAAGCCAUAGCUCUUAAAAUGCUAAGGAAUCAUUGAUGUUAAGGUAUAUUUUGUAAUAUUUGGAAAAAUGUAAUCUCUAUUGUAAAAUGGAUUAAAAUAUGGGAGAUAUAUAGAUUAUAUGGAUAGUGAUAUGUUUCAUUUUUAAUUUUUCAUUUUUGAUGUAAAAUAUAAUCACUGCUGUUGAUAUAAAUCAAAAUAAACUUC